UCUCUGUCGUUCUGCCCGAAGCAUCCACCGAGUCGAUCAACCGAAAUGGUGUCGUCUUCCUCGUCCCCGCCGGCGCCAAUGUGGGUGAUCCUCGGCCGCGUCGCCCUCGUGCAGCACGACUCCGUCGAGGACCCCGGGGACCUCUCCGUCGCGCUCGCCGUGCCGCCGCGCGUCUCCACCCUCACCGUGCCCAUGAGCGUCCACCCCAAGCCCGACUACGACGACACCGACAAGCACCCCUAUGUCGUCGCCGCCGACGGCGCCGGCCUCCUCCUCCACGUCUCCCACUGGCCCUUCGUCGGUUUCGACCUGGACCGCAACCCCCCGGGCAUCCUCCUCGUGGCGCGCGACUUCCUCCCCGCCGACGCCAACGCCGGGCGCGGCGAGCUCAUGGCCAUCACCGUGCGCGUCCCCGACCGCGCCCGGCCCGACCAGCCCGGCAUCGAAAACAUAAAAAACGUUGGCCUCGUCUACCUCCCCGGCAGCGGCGGCGCCGAGUACGUGAUCGCUGAGCUCCGCCUCGCCCCCUUCCCCGGCGGCGACGGCGACGACGACCGCGCCACCCUCCUCUCCUUCCGAUCGGGCACGGACGCGUGGGUCGAGAGGGAAUUGAGCUGCCCCUCCAUGUCCGGCCGCCGCUGGAUGUGGUCCUCCCACGAUGUGGUCGCCCACGGCGGGAAGCUCUGGUGGGUCAACCUCGUGUGGGGGCUCCUCGGCUGCGACCCUUUCGCGGACGAACCGGUGCUGCGCCACGUGGUCCUCCCGCAGACGUUCCCUCUCGAACACACGGCAGAGCUGCCGCAGAACAUCGAGAGCAGCCGCAUCGUGAGGGUGAGCCAGGGCAAGGUGCGGUUCGUGGACAUCACCCGUGCGCGCAUCGACCCCCCGGAGGAGACGCUCGUGGUCAUCUGGACGAUGGUCUUGGGUUCGUCCGGCUACGCGUGGUGGAAGCAGCAGUGCGCGACGAGCCUUGCGAUCAUCUGGGCAAGCGACAGCUACAGAGCGACAGGGAUGCCGGAGGAGGUCCCCGUUCUCGCGCUCGUUCACCCCAGCAACGCCGACGUGGUCUACUUCUUCCUGGACCAGUACCUCUUUGGCGUCAACGUGUCCCAGAGUAUGGUCAUGGAGUUCGUCCGCGAGCCCUGCGACCUGGUCGAGGUGGUCGCUGGACAUCGGCGGCCGCCACCGAUCAGCUGGCGUUACCUACUCGCUUGGGAGCUGCCACCUUCGCUUACCAAUGGUAAGACAUAUUUCACGCUUAAUAGCAUUUUAUGA